AUACAGACAACAUAGUCGGGACGAAAACGAUACAUUAACUGAUUAUAAAUCGAUGUAGCGAUUAUAGUUCGCUUCCUUAAUCGUUGUUGUCAUAGCAUAGCUUAAGGAAAAGUCAAAAGGGCCAAAAGGGCGGUCAAAUCUUUUAUUAUCAGUUCAUAAUUUAUUUUUAAUUGCUUCUGCUUGACGCGUAUGAAGUUGAGCGAUUGUGAUCAAAGUGCAAAUAUUCAGUUGAUUAUAAUUGUGAUCUCUGGAGCAAAAUAAUGUCAAAUUUUGGAAAAUUCGGUCCAUUGGUCGGUGCCAUCGAUGAGGGAACUUCUAGCGCGAGAUUUAUUAUUUUUAAACCCAAUUCGACAGAGGUGAUAGCCUACCAUCAAAAAGAAUUAGAGCAAAAAUUCCCCCAAGAAGGUUGGGUAGAACAGGAUCCUUAUGCUAUCUUAGAAGUAGUAACAACUUGUAUCCAGAAAGCUGUAGAACAACUUGUCAGUCUAGGUGGUAAACCGAAGGAUAUAAUAGCCAUAGGAGUUACUAAUCAACGAGAGACAACAAUAGUGUGGGACAGGAACACAGGCACUCCUCUUCAUAAUGCCAUUGUUUGGUUGGAUAUGAGAACAACAUCUACUAUAGAAAAACUUUUAGAUACAGUACCAAAUAAAACAAGAAACAAAAAUUAUUUGAAGCCAUUAUGUGGAUUGCCUUUGUCACCAUACUUCAGUGCUGUAAAAUUGCGCUGGCUAAGUGACAAUGUUGAUGCUGUAAAAAAUUCCAUGAAAAAGGGUACUUGCUGCUUUGGAACAGUUGAUACCUGGAUUAUUUGGAACUUAACAGGUGGCCCAAAUGGAGGCAGACACAUCACAGAUGUGACAAAUGCAUCAAGAACAAUGCUUAUGAACAUUGAAAAUUUAAAUUGGGAUCCAUUGCUGUUAAAGUUUUUUGAAGUCCCAAAGUCUGUAUUGCCAGAAAUAAAAUCUAGCUCAGAAGUAUACGGAUAUAUUUCUGAUGGACCUCUAAAAGGUAUACCAAUAUCUGGUUGCUUGGGUGACCAACAAGCCGCCUUAGUCGGACAAAUGUGUCUUCAAAAAGGCCAAGCAAAGGCUACAUAUGGAACAGGCUGUUUUGUGUUGUAUAACACAGGUGACAUUCGUGUCAACUCCAGUAGAGGCUUGCUUACUACUGUCGCAUACCAGAUAGGUAGUAAAAAUCCACCGCAUUAUGCUUUAGAAGGAUCGGUAGCCAUUGCUGGGGCCGCAUUAGGUUGGCUUAGAGACAAUUUAGGUCUUUUGGAGAGCGCAAAAGAGUCUCAAGAUCUAGCUGAGAAAGCGACUGAAAAUGGAAGUGUAGUGUUUGUACCAGCUUUCAGUGGAUUGUAUGCACCUUACUGGCGUCAAGAUGCACGUGGUGUAAUAUGCGGAAUCACAGAAGACACGAAUUCCAAUCAUAUAGUAAAAGCGGCACUUGAAGCCGUGUGUUAUCAAGUACGAGACAUUUUAGACGCUAUGAACGAGGAUUGUGGUAUACCGCUACAAUUAAUGAAGGUAGAUGGUGGUAUGACAUCAAAUGCACUAGUGAUGCAAAUGCAGGCGGAUUUGAUCGGGAUCAACGUUAUAAGAGCUGGUUUUACGGAGAGUACUGCUUUAGGCGCGGCACUAGUUGCCUAUUGGGGUAUAGAGAAUACGGCACAAAUAAAUCCUAUUCCGAUGACAAGUGGAACAACUUACGUGCCACGUAUCUCUGACGAUGAAAGAGAUAUGAGAUACAAACAGUGGAAAAUGGCGGUGGACAGAUCACUGGGUUGGGAACAAAAUUGAUUGUAAAAAGUUAUUGUUAGUUCAAUGCCAAUCGGCAGGGCGUCGAUUCUGUUAAUGUUAUCGUAAUAUUCGUGUCUUAAUGGUGACUCAGUUAAUGACAUUUUGCCGUUUACCUACUACCCA